UAGAGAAUAUAUUUAGUUUGCACAUUUCAACUUUUCUGGAUUUUCUUAAUUUUGGGUAAAAUAGAUUUUGAAGGGUUAUUUUGGUAACUUAAGCACUUUUCUGUAUUUCUAAUUGCACUUUUCAUAUACUGUAACUAGAUCUGACUGCAUGGGUGGUGGUUCUUACAGGUGCGGUUGACUGUAUGACAAUGUCCAUGUUUGGCUCCCUCAAUGGUAUGAAUGGCAAGAGCUCAGGAACACCAUCUCCUACCAAGCCCGAAGUGCCCCUUCCGUCUUCUGAUCCAGUCAAAGAUGUGUGUGCUCCUGAAUCAAAGCCCGCCACUGUCCGUAACGUCCCUGGCACUAAUCUAAGGUGCCUUGAUGAUCCUUCUUUUAUGUUUGACCAGCCCUCCAUACCUGUUACUAAUUCUCCUAAAUCCGGCACAUACAAGGUUCUUGAAGCUCCAAAGGAGCCUCAGCAGUUAAAGAGUGGAGGUUAUCAUGUGUUAGAAGCCCCAGAAGCACCAUCAGAUAUCAAGGAUCUUCCUGACCAGUCUCCCACAAAACCAGAGGCUCCAAUCAAACCAUCACCAUAUAGGGUUCUUGAAGCGCCUAUUGAUCCUCCUUCAAGGCCAAAAGGCUCACCAUAUCGUGUACUCGAGGCACCUGAUGCCCCUUACUACCCUCAGUCCCAAACCGUUGGUGAAGUUCAGGAGUCAAAGCCUCCAUCUCUUGUUUCUCCGUCUUCCGGUAGGACGGUAUCUGAUGCACUUGAUAAAGCUCGCACUCGUUUUGAUUCCUUUUGGGGGGGACCAAAAGAUAAAGAUCCCCCAAGCAAAGUCUAGGUGCCCAAAUUCCUUAGCCAUGUUCUAAUUACAAUUGAGGUAUUCAUGAAGAUGGAUUGCUCUUUAUCCAAAUACUAAGUUAACGACAAUAGUAUCUAUUUUGUGGUGCGUCUUCAUGGGUAUUUUAAAACUCAAGGAUGAGCUGUUAGGACAAUUUCUUGCGAAUUUUGAUGAUACAAGUUACUGCCAACAUUAAUGGUCCCACGUUCGUUGUGAGAUCAUACAUAACAGCACAUCUGAGAUAUAAUCUAUUGAGAAAACCCACAGGUUGUCAAUUCAGCCAGAUGUUUAAUCGCAAUACUCAUACUAUUUUUGUUAGUUGUCAUUAGAUGCUAUUUAACUCUUUCCGGACUUUACUCAAGGCUACGCAGUAUAGUAUUUCCUGUGGGUUUUUCUUAUACGAAGCACUUGCUAGUAGGCUAAGAAUGUGAGAUUGUUUAUAACAUGAACUAUAAGGUACACUUUAGUUUCUAUGUUUAGCUUUUAUUGAAAAUGUGAGAAUGAGAGGCAAGCCAGAGUUAUGAUGUUUGCAGGGAAUGCCAAGUCAGACCAGAGAUUCACAUAUCUCCAUGAUUGUUGAAUGUUGUCAUUAUUCAGAUGACCCCCUCGCCAUCAUCCCGAUCUAUAUUGCUACACUUAUUACAACACCCCACAGUGUUUGUGUGUGUGUGUGUGUGUGUUUGCCCUACAGUCAAAUUGUUUUUGUUUAUGAAUAUUUGCCAUGAAAGCUUAUGAUAAUAAACAUACACAAAUAUAAUUGUAUUAAUAUGAACACUGAACUGUAUAACACAUUGGUUCUGACAGGCAUUGUUUCUGUUUCAUGCUUCACAUGGUGAAAUUUACGUUAAGAAAUGCUUCACAGUGCUCGUGAAGAAAUUAAAAUGUUACAUUGUUUAAUAAGUUGUUUAGAUACAAAUUUGUAAUUUUUAAAAAUAUACAUAAAAUUUAAAAAAAAUCUUACAGUGCUAUAAGCAUGUGUAGGGGAAUUUCAGAUUAUUUAAAAUAUAAGAACAAUAUUUGAUGAUUCAUAUAAAUUACUGUUCAUUACCUAAUCUUAGUUACCAUUGGUUAGGAUUCUAUAAGAAAACAAUAGGGGAGCUAUAAUUGAUGAUCUAAUGGGUUUGAAGAUGACCACUUGCAUAUCUAAAUGGAAAUCAAUUCCCUGAUAUCCAAUGAUGGAACUCUUUACUAGACUUAGCAUAAGUAUGUACUGACAAGCAGGAACUUCGGUCAAACUUGGCAUUUCAUCCCAGCCUUAAUUCUUAUGCCUAUAUGCGAUUUGUUAGGAAUCUUGAGGUAGCGAGCCUUGGAUCUCAUUUGUAAGUCAUCAUAUAGGGAAACAAUGGUGCAGUAUUCAAGUUAUAAAUAAAAUCCUAAUUAUUCAGUCUGUCAUACUCUGCCAAUGCAUAUAUUAAAUUUUUUUUUUUAGAUAACAUACAUAAUUUAUUUUUCUCAAAAUCAUACCAAAGAUAAGUAUUGCAAAAUAUUCCGUGUUAAGGUGAUACAUGAACUCUUAAGUUGUUCCCCCCCUCUGAAAACUGCCAAUGGUUUGAGCAUAUAGUUUUGAAUGGUAAAGCUGUUUAUAUUGUUAUAAUUAGUAUAGUGUUGGCUAAUCAUUGUACUGGGCUGAUCGGUCUCUGGCAAAGUUCACCAUUACUCUUUAUGUCCCAUGGUGAGGAUUACUUAAGCUAUGAAUUUCAUUAUAGCUUAUUUUUAUAUUAUUUUUUAGGUUUCCUUGUAGUCUUCUUACAUUACAUUCCAAAACUAUAAAAAAAUAUUUUAUAGCUAAGUUAUAACAUUAAAUAUUUAAAUUUCUUAAAUAUUUUUAUAUUGUGUUCAGGUCAGCAACAUUGAUUUUUUAGGUUAACUUCUAAAUAUAGUUGAUUUUAUUUCAAAUUAUUAUGAUUAUAAUUCUAAACCUUAGUGCCAAGAAUGUCAAAAUUGCUGAUCUAUGACAUUAGCUGUGAUUUUUUAUGUCCUCAUUUUCUCUGAAGGUGAAAGGGCUCUCAGCUUUUUGGAAAUCCCAAUGAAGACUCCAAAUUACUCUUCAGACAUCACAUUUAGUUCCUGCACUUUAUUGCAGUUUCAAGAGACCGGCUUCAAUUUUCAAAUAAAAUUAAGCAAUGCUUUGUUGAAACAUCACAUGAUACUCAUUGAUAUCUAAUUUCACUUGACAAAAUUGAUGGCUUUUCUGAUAACUCACUUGAAUAGGGUUUAUAGUCUUUGAGUGAAAAGAAUUAUUGGUAUAAACCUUAUUAGUCUUCACUAAGGGUCAAAACUGCUGUUGUAGUUAUGACUGUCACCAUGGGGCGUCACUACUCUCCAUCACAGAUGCCGUUAAUGCUUCUAGUCAAAAUUUCUCGCAUAAGUUUACAGGUGUCGGCGUCAGAUACUGCUUACCCCCCAAACUCGUUAAUGGUGACAUUCUUAGCAUCAAAAUAUAUAUAUAAAUAAUUUGUAACAAAUUUUCUAACCUAAUAUGACAAUGGGGAAGUACUUAAAUUGAAGCCCCUCUGAUUAUUUAACAAGGAAGUUGAAUGAGGGAAUAAAUUUAUUAUUGUUAAUUUAUCUACUGUGCAUUAUGUCUUGUCAAGAGCUCUUUCAAAUAAAUUCAAUACUAUUCAUUUUUUGGUUAAAUAUUUUGUGAAUGUCAUAUAAGGUUUGAGAAUUGGUCUUCAAGUCCAAAGGAGUUGAGAGGUGAGCAUCAUCAUGACUGGACUCCUAAGUUGUGAAUCUGACCUUGCUGUAUGUACCCAUAGCACAGACCUUACAUUAAAUGUACAGCUUCA